UUGAAAAAUUUGAAAGCAUCUGGCAUCCCAUUCCUGUUCUUCAGAGGAGCCAGUCCCAUUUACCCUUUAGGAUGGAGUCAGUUUUGGGCUCAUCACCAUCCCCAAACACCACAGACUGUGAGCUCCCCUUUGGCUCAGGUGACUCAAGUGAGAAGAACAAGAGAGACGGAAGCCAGCCAGAUGUGCUGGGCAUUAUGGAGCCAUCCAGUGUAGACAUGGGCAAGCUAAGAGAACUCCACAUAGGGGACAGCCAGAGCUUUGAGGACCAGUCUGCUGCUAAGCCCAGCAAAGAGGCCAUGGGAGGGGAUGGUGCAAAAGCCUCAGGUGUUGAACAGGGCAGCAAUGGGAAAAUCCCUAACCGAGACAGUGGCAUUGACAGCCCUUCCUGUAGCGUGGCAGGAGAGACCUUUCCAACUGAAGAAGGAGGGGAGAACAAGAAAUAUCCCAGCCCUGGACUCCUCAUCGAGAUGGAGCCUGAGGGAGAACAGAGUGUGAGUUCACCUGGUGACUCCCAGAAGGAGGUAGCCCCAGAGGCCGACAGCGAUGUUGAUGAGGGAAGCAGUGAGGAGCCAGAAACUGCGGAUGUGCCAAAGGGAGAAGACCUAGAGGUAGCCAAGUGUACAGAGCCACAGAAGUUAUUCAACAUUGCAAAUGAACUUCUCCACACUGAAGAAGCCUAUGUCAAAAGAUUGCACCUACUGGACCAGGUUUUUUGUACCAAGUUGGCAGAAGCUGGUAUCCCAUCUGAAGUGACAACUGGUAUUUUCUCCAACAUCUCUUCUAUCUACUGUUUCCAUGGGCAGUUUCUCUUACCAGAGUUGCAAACUCGAAUUACUCAAGAAUGGAGCACAAAUCCCAGGAUCGGGGAUAUCCUUCAGAAACUAGCUCCAUUCCUGAAGAUGUAUGGUGAAUAUGUAAAGAACUUUGACAGAGCUAUGGACAUGGUAAAUACCUGGACCCAGAGAUCAUCACCCUUUAAGGAUGUUGUUCAGAGCAUCCAGAAGCAGGAAGUCUGUGGGAAUCUGACGUUACAGCAUCACAUGCUAGAGCCAGUACAGAGAAUCCCUCGCUAUGAAAUGUUGCUCAAGGAUUAUUUGAAGAAGCUUCCUGGGGAGUCUCCAGACAGGAAAGAUGCAGAAAAAUCCUUGGAGCUCAUCUCCACAGCAGCAAACCACUCAAAUGCAGCUAUUCGAAAGAUGUUUAAUAGUAUGCUGUUAUAUUGUGUGCCCAAACUGAGACUCAUAGGUCAGAAGUUCAGCGUUCGUGAGAAGAUGGACAUAGGUGGCCUGCAGGUACAGGAAAUUGCUAAGCCAAAUGCAACACAUACAUUUACAAUAACAGGAAAAAAGAGGUCACUGGACCUGCAAACAAGGACAGAAGAAGAAAAGAAAGAUUGGAUUGAGGUCAUUCUUGCUACGAUUGAAAAGCACAAGCAGAAGAGUGAGACAUUCAGAGCUUUCAACAGCUCUUUUGCCCAGGAGGAGGAUGUCCCAGACUCACCUAUGGCCAGCACAAGCUCCGUGGAGUCCAUGGCAGGGACAGAUGGCUGUGGUGGAUUUGGAGGACUUGACUCCAGAAAAUCUAAAAAUAGAAGAGACAAAGAGAAGCAAACUUGCAAAAGCUGCAGCGAAACCUUUAAUUCGAUUACAAAAAGGAGGCACCACUGCAAACAGUGCGGGGCUGUGAUUUGUGGGAAGUGCUCAGAAUUUAAGGCAGACAAUAGCCGGCAGAGUCGUGUUUGCAAAGAGUGUUUCCUAAUGCAAACUACAGUUCUGAAUAGUCCUAAGCAAAAUAUUACUGCCCCUGAAAACAGCCUGUUCUGUAGCCACCUGCAGCUAAUAGACAAAGGGAAGGCAUGCUGCAAGCUGUGGGCUACUAUUCCAAAGGCAGAACCCCUGGUGUUGUAUCUACAAGGAGGCCAGGAUGGGCGGGCGCCCCGGACAAUUCCCCUUCCUGGCUAUGAAGUGACUUUGCCUGGCCCUGCUGAGAAGCUCGAAGCCAAGUACACCCUGAAGCUCUCACAGUCCCACCAGACUCUGUAUCUCAGUGUAGAGGAUGAGGAGCUCCAGCGGAAGUGGAUGGAAGUUCUCACCAGAGCUGCCAGAGGAGAAACAGACGAUCCCAGUGCCAGUGUUGGGAAUCCCCAGGGGCCCUGAGAAGCGGCGGCCCAUCCUGGGGAUGGCCACCUGGGCAUUCAGUCCUGGAACUUGGACAUAGGUAGUUUGGCGGGUCUGCGGAGGAAUGCCUCCCAUGGAUCCUUUCUCUCUAUAACAAGGGACCACUUCAGAGGGGCAGAGUAGCCAAUGGCCCUACCAAGUCAGAUCCAGGCUGCAGGGCCAGCGAGCAUGCCCGCCCGUGUAGGCACGUGUCUGCACAUAGGUGCAUACGCUCGUGAUGUGUGUGCCCGUACCUGAGCGCCGCAGCCAGAGCGGGACAGAAGACAAGGUAGUAACAGAAGAGAUCCGGCCACUGAUAUCAGCCUGGCUUUGUUUGAUGUUUGUCUCCGGCUGUUCCAGACCUUUUCGUGUCUCUUGAUGUUGAUCCCCUCUCUCCCACCGGGUCUGUAGGGUGGGCAUGCACUUGGCAGGCAGGGCUCUGGUGUAUCACUUUGUAAAGAAGAAGUAGUCUUAGUAAUGGUGGUGUUCAGUGAUGCUGACCUUGGAAAGUGGGUGAGGAGGAAACUGUUCAUUUGAUGUAGUUUGCCUUGGAUUGGCUCAGACCCCUUGCUGAUUCCGGCUGAGCCCCCAGCAGUCUUCUCCCUGCUGUUUUGUGCAGGGCGGGAUAUGUUAGUCAUUAACUAGCCGGUAUGGACGUGCUAAGCCAGGCCAAGGUUUGGACCAGGCCAGGACUUGCCCUCAGUCCCUGUCAGCCUGGGCUUCCUGACAGGGCCGUCUUUGUGAAGUAUCCUUAUCCAUCCUUUAAGCCGUUUGUCUUUACUUACUGUAUGGAGACGACCCUUUGAAAGGGAAAUGCCAUGGGGAAUGACCUCACAUCAUUGCUGCAGCCUUCCAGGCCCUUGGUGUAGGCCUGCUUCCCACCAUCACCUGCCUCAAGUCCCCUGGCAAACACUGUAGGUAAGGAGAGACCUUCGUAGUUCUACUUAGGGCAUUGCUGAUCUUCUGUACUCAUAGGAAGGUGACUUGCUCAGUUGUUUGAUUAAUUUUCCAAUAGUCCAGGAUUUAUUUAUAAUUGUAAAUAAUGUUUCAUACCUACUUCCAGAAGUUUAAAAUAUUGAGGUUAAUAACAGGAUGUAGUAUGUAGAGUGACAAAAUGUUUGUAUGAAUUUGUCAUUUGCCCUUCUUGUUAACUGGCAUUUGUUUUGUUCCCAAAGGGAAGUGCUUGUCUAUUUAAAUAAAUGCCCUGCAGCCGGA